AUGACGGACAACAUCCCGCUGCAGCCCGUGCGCCAGAAGAAGCGGAUGGACAACAGGCCGCGCGCCGGGUGCUGCGACUGGCUGAGAUGCUGUGGUGGAGGGGAGCCCAGGCCCCGCACUGUCUGGUUGGGGCACCCCGAGAAGAGGGACCAGAGGUACCCUCGAAAUGUCAUCAAUAACCAGAAAUACAACUUCUUCACCUUCCUUCCUGGGGUGCUGUUCAACCAGUUCAAAUACUUUUUCAACCUCUAUUUCUUACUUCUCGCCUGCUCCCAGUUUGUGCCUGAAAUGAGACUUGGAGCACUCUACACCUACUGGGUCCCCCUGGGCUUCGUCCUGGCCGUCACUGUCAUCCGAGAGGCUGUGGAGGAGAUCCGGUGCUCCGUGAGGGACAAGGAGGUCAACUCCCAGGUCUACAGCAGGCUCACAGCCCGAGGUACAGUGAAGGUGAAAAGUUCCAAUAUCCAAGUUGGAGAUCUUAUCCUUGUUGAGAAGAACCAGCGGGUCCCUGCUGACAUGAUCUUCCUGAGGACAUCAGAAAAGAACGGCUCUUGCUUCUUGCGGACGGAUCAGCUGGAUGGGGAGACAGACUGGAAGCUCCGGCUCCCCGUGGCCUGCACACAGAGGCUGCCCACAGCCGCGGACCUGCUUCAGAUACGGUCGUUCGUGUAUGCAGAGGAGCCAAAUAUCGACAUUCACAACUUUGUGGGAACUUUCACCAGAGAAGACAGCGACCCUUCGAUCAGCGAGAGUUUGAGUAUUGAGAACACGCUGUGGGCGGGUACUGUCAUCGCAUCAGGCACAGUCGUGGGUGUCGUUCUUUAUACGGGCAGAGAACUCCGAAGUGUCAUGAAUACCUCAAAUCCCCGAAGUAAGAUUGGCCUGUUUGACCUGGAAGUGAACUGCCUCACAAAGAUCCUCUUUGGCGCUUUGGUCGUGGUGUCCCUGGUCAUGGUUGCCCUGCAACAUUUUGCUGGCCGCUGGUACCUACAGAUCAUCCGGUUCCUUCUGCUGUUUUCCAACAUCAUUCCCAUCAGUUUGCGUGUAAACUUGGAUAUGGGCAAGAUUGUGUACAGCUGGGUGAUUCGAAGGGAUUCCAAAAUCCCUGGGACCGUGGUUCGUUCCAGUACGAUUCCUGAGCAACUGGGACGGAUUUCUUACUUACUCACAGACAAGACAGGAACUCUUACCCAGAAUGAGAUGGUUUUCAAACGUCUCCACCUAGGAACGGUGGCCUAUGGACUCGACUCAAUGGAUGAAGUACAGAGCCACAUAUUUAGUAUUUACACCCAGCAAUCCCAGGAUCCACCUGCUCAGAAGGGCCCCACGCUCACCACCAAAGUCCGGCGCACCAUGAGCAGCCGUGUGCACGAAGCUGUGAAGGCCAUCGCCCUCUGCCACAAUGUGACCCCCGUGUAUGAGUCCAAUGGCGUGACCGACCAGGCUGAGGCUGAGAAGCAGUAUGAAGACUCGUGCCGUGUGUACCAGGCGUCCAGCCCAGAUGAGGUGGCCCUGGUACAGUGGACGGAAAGCGUGGGCUUAACGCUGGUGGGCCGAGACCAGUCUUCCAUGCAGCUGAGGACCCCUGGCGACCAGAUCCUGAACUUCACCAUCUUGCAGAUCUUCCCAUUUACCUACGAAAGCAAACGCAUGGGCAUCAUUGUGAGGGAUGAAUCAACUGGAGAAAUCACGUUUUACAUGAAGGGGGCGGAUGUUGCCAUGGCUGGAAUCGUGCAGUACAGUGACUGGCUGGAGGAAGAGUGUGGUAACAUGGCACGAGAAGGGCUGCGCGUGCUCGUGGUGGCGAAGAAAUCUCUGGCUGAGGAGCAGUACCAGGACUUUGAAGCCCGCUACGUCCAGGCCAAGCUGAGCGUGCACGACCGCUCCCUCAAGGUGGCCACUGUGAUCGAGAGCUUGGAGAUGGAGAUGGAGCUGCUCUGCCUGACGGGUGUGGAGGACCAGCUGCAGGCCGAUGUGAGGCCCACAUUGGAGACCCUGCGGAAUGCUGGCAUCAAGGUUUGGAUGCUGACAGGGGACAAGCUGGAGACAGCGACAUGCACAGCUAAGAACGCACAUCUGGUGACCAGAAACCAAGACAUCCACAUUUUUCGACUGGUGACCAACCGUGGGGAGGCCCACCUGGAGCUGAACGCCUUCCGCAGGAAGCAUGAUUGUGCCCUGGUGAUCUCCGGAGACUCCCUGGAGGUUUGCCUCAAGUACUACGAGUAUGAGUUCAUGGAACUGGCCUGCCAGUGCCCCGCCGUGGUCUGCUGCCGUUGUGCGCCCACCCAGAAGGCACAGAUUGUGCGCCUGCUCCAGGAACGCACUGGGAAGCUUACCUGUGCAGUAGGGGAUGGGGGCAACGAUGUCAGUAUGAUUCAGGAAUCCGACUGUGGUGUCGGGGUCGAAGGAAAGGAAGGAAAACAGGCUUCUCUGGCUGCGGAUUUCUCCAUCACUCAGUUUAAGCAUCUUGGCCGGUUGCUUAUGGUGCAUGGCCGGAACAGCUACAAGCGUUCAGCGGCCCUCAGCCAGUUCGUGAUUCACAGGAGCCUGUGUAUCAGCACCAUGCAGGCUGUCUUCUCCUCUGUGUUCUACUUUGCCUCUGUUCCCCUCUACCAAGGAUUCCUCAUCAUUGGAUACUCCACGAUUUACACCAUGUUUCCUGUGUUCUCUCUGGUCCUGGACAAAGACGUCAAGUCCGAAGUCGCCAUGCUUUAUCCUGAGCUUUACAAAGAUCUCCUCAAGGGACGGCCGCUCUCCUACAAGACCUUCUUGAUAUGGGUGUUGAUUAGCAUCUACCAAGGGAGCACCAUCAUGUAUGGGGCACUGCUACUCUUUGAGUCGGAGUUUGUGCACAUCGUGGCCAUCUCCUUCACGUCGCUGAUCCUCACUGAACUGCUGAUGGUGGCCUUGACCAUCCAGACCUGGCAUUGGCUCAUGACAGUGGCCGAGCUACUCAGCCUGGCCUCCUACAUCGCCUCCCUGGUUUUCCUACACGAAUUCAUAGAUGUGUACUUCAUCGUUACCUUAUCCUUCCUGUGGAAAGUCUCCGUCAUCACCCUGGUCAGCUGCCUCCCCCUGUAUGUCCUUAAAUACCUGCGGAGACGGUUCUCCCCACCCAGCUACUCAAAGCUCACAUCGUAG